GUGUUGGACGUAUCUGUCAGUGUUGUGGCUUCAGUGGAUAUUGGCCAGUGUACGGUCCACUGGAUGACCGCACCUAGCACAAACAUUAGCAUGUUAAUAAAUCCAAUCGAUCUUCGUCCCAAAGAUCAUUAAACAAUCAAAAUGUCGUCAAAACUUAUGUUCAGAUGUUUUCUGCUGGCGUUUUUGUUCGGCUUUCUGGGGAUGUUGAUUCUUGGAUAUAAGAUAUUUUCAAGCAACGAUGACCACCCAGUGUAUUAUGACAACUUCCUUGUGGAUGUGAAUGAAGAUCAUCGACCACUAGAUGAGGAGCUGGAUGAAGAGAGCAUCGUCUCCAGCAUAAAGGAACCAAUCAUUUUAUGGUGGACGCCAUUCACUGGGGAGAAAGGAAUCUACAAGACCUGUGGGAAUGUGAAAUGUUUCUUCACUGUCCGCCGGGCGUACAGGAAUCACCCGAUGACAUCAGUGUUUGUCUUUUACGGAACGGACUUCAAGGUCACUGAUCUCCCUCUACCUCGUAGCCCCAAACACGAGUGGGCGCUGCUUCAUGAAGAAUCUCCAAAGAACAACUAUCUUUUCUCUCAUCCAGAGAUUAUGACUUUAUUCAACUAUACCAGUACGUUUAAACGGGAAUCAAGCUAUCCAAUCACAACACAGUAUUUAGUUGGUAUUGACUGGCUUGAAAACACACAGUAUUUGAUUCCUACUGGACAAAAAAACAAGCACCAGAAGGAAUUAGCUCCCCUGAUGUACGCCCACAGUGACUGUGAUGUCCCAUCUGACCGAGAUCACUACGUGCAGAUGCUGCAGAAAUACAUCAAGGUUGACUCCUAUGGCACCUGUCUUCACAACAAGGAUCUCCCAGACCAUUUAAAAGACCCAAUCCAAGGCAUGGAUCACAAAGACUUUUACAAACUUAUUGCCAAGUACAAGUUCUCACUGGCAAUGGAAAAUGGCGUCUGUGAUGACUACAUCACUGAGAAAGUAUGGCGGCCGCUUAUGGUGGGAUCUUUACCUGUUGUCAUGGGCUCUCCAAAAAUAAAGGAACUGCUACCGUCCAACCAUUCAGCCAUUAUUGUGGACGAUUUCUCCAGUGUAAAAGAGCUUGCAGACUACUUGAAAUACCUCAAUGAAAAUGAUGCAGAAUAUGAAAAAUAUUUCAAAUGGAAGGAAACUGGUAUCACCAACCCCUACCUGAAAAAAUUAGUGGAGAAAAGAGAAUGGGGGGUGGACAGUGAAGAACACUGGUCCCCUGCCACUAUUAAUUUCAUUGAUGGAUUUGAAUGCCAUAUUUGCAAUGCUGUACAUCAAAAUCUUGAUAAACAGCAGAGAGGGCAGGCACCAUUUCCACAUAGGGUGACAAAUGAUCAUUAUGGAUGCCCGGCACCUUUAAAAUUUGAUGACAGUGGAAAGAGGACACACAAUAAAGAAACGAACCGAAUAUGGCAAUGGGAUUGGUUUUAUGGUGGACAGCUGGCCAAAGCUGUCCGAAGUUUUAUUGAUCAAAAUAUGACAUUUACAUCAGUGGAUCUUAAAAACAAAUUGAAAAUUGUUUUGUAAAAUAUUCCUUUUCAUUUGGGGGUGUUUUAUUUUUUAAGAUUUUUAGUCUAACUUUACAUGGUAUACAAACAUUUUUGUUACAAAGUGCAAUGAUUAGUUUUCAUGAUUACAGUACAUUGUGUUACGAUGUGUCAGUGUCGGCUGCAACUAUUCCAUUGACAGAUGGUAACUGAAAAGUGGAAAGGAGGUCAGAGCUUGUUGUUGGGGGAGUUCGACUUUUAAGAUAUCUUUGUUUGAUUAUUUUAAAUAUUUUCAGUUGUCAUGGUAUCAUGGGAUGUGAAUUACUUAAUUUUAAAAUAAUGUACAACAUUUUCCUUUCAUUUGGUUUUGGAUGUAUUCCAUAAAUGGACUGUGUUUACCUACAAGCUUAUACUAUACUGGAGAGAGUCUCAAGGUGAUUACCGGUACAAUAGGAAGUCUACAGUUAAACUACUUAUGAUCACUGUUUUGUUUCUUUACAGAAUGUUGUAUGCCAAUAUUACAAGUUAUGGCUACUUCUUUCAUGACACUCACCCAAAAGUCUCAAAUUGUGUGACCCUUCAUAGACAACAUCUUAUUGCUCAUCAUGAUUUUAGGUUAACGGUAAUAAUUUCCAGAAUAUUAUCUGUACUAGUCUAUAUCAUCAGAUUAUAAGUUUAGCGGCAGUUUCUGGACAGAAGUGUUUACUCGCGCAAGAGGUUUUGGAUCACUCAAACAUAGUAAAACACAGAUGGUGGCUUGAUUUUAAGAUAUAUCUGACUUUUAUAAGCGAGUGAGAUGUUUGACAGUUGUGUCUGUGUCAGGGAGAAGACAACAAAUGUUUCCUAAGCAUCCGAAAACCCACAAUGCAAGGAUACAUCAAGACAAGCUCAUGACAGAUUUAUUUCAUAAGUUGCUUAAAAGUAUUCUGCAUUGGUUUCCUGAAAAGUCACACCCUGAAAUACAAGUUGUCUCAAAAAUGCAUACGAAAGAUAAUCAAACUAUGACCUACAUACCUACAGAAUACACCAUAAUUGUUUUUACACAUGUUUAUUUAUUCAACUCCAGCAUCUCGAGUCAGUUCAGUGUCAGUUAUACCAAAAAUGAUAGCGGCCCAACCUCAUUUACAUCCUGCACAAUUUUCCUCUCAACUACUUCAGUUAAGUUGUUAACAGACUUCCUGUUGACAGUUGUUUAAAAAACAUGGUGACCUUGACAUCAGAA